CAUUUGGGUAAUUAGUCGGACCGGCAUGGACUGGUUUAUGGUGUAUACAGUACAUAAUCCUUAGGAUGAGUGAUUAAUAUUAAAUGGUUGAAUUUUUAGCCAAAGGAUUAGAAGACAAAAAGUCGGUCCACAGUUUUGAAGAUGGACAUCCGAGGUUUGGUAGGGAGGUGUGAAUGGCAGAAGAAUGGUCGUGCACUAAUCCCUGUUCUUCCACCCAACCAAAGCUGGACAAACGUGAUGAUUUUUUUGCCUCUUCACAAGUUUAUAUGCCAGAGAUGUAUGGCAUCACAACUUUCUAAUCACACCUGGAUGUCAAUCAUUAACAAUCGCCAGUUCAAUACAAAUCACAAUUUACAGAAUGUUAGAAAAUCUGUUUCCAAGCAUGUCAGGUCUGACACAUCCGGUGGAUUUGGACACAAAGCCAAGGAAGCCACACGUACUACAUAUUACACAGCUGUUGUAGUGCUCGGAGUGGGGGUGACCGGCCUCAUGAUGUACUCAGUCUUCAAGGAACUUCUCUUCUCCUUCUCACCACAAACAGUAUAUAGUGCUGCUGUUGAAAAGUGUGUUGCCCAUCCAAGGGUCAAUGAUUACCUUGGUGAUUCAGUCAAGAGUUAUGGUGAAGAAAGUCGGCGUGGGCGAAGGCAGCAUAUCAGUCACCUGUCUUAUGAAGUGGAAGGCAACAAGGGUCUGAGGAUCAAGUUCCACCUGAAAGGUCAGCGAAGAACAGCAACAGCUAAUCUUGAUGCUCGGGAGACUUCCUCUGGUUGGGAGUUCCGAUACUUGUUUGUGCAACUUGAUUCAUACCCAUAUGAAGUCAUUGUGAUCGAGGACAACCGGGGAACAGUAUUUGACUCUUCCUCAUCUGCGGAGUUGUCCUCCCUUCCUGGCACCUAACCAACACUACACCAUGAUGACACCUCUGCACUUACACCACUGUUUUCCUCAAAGUACUGUAGUCAAGUUUUUAAUAUUAAGUGUUUUAUAAAUUUUCUAUGGACAACUUAUUGGUGUGUUGUGUUUGAUAAACUGUUUGAAUUAUAUAAUGUGUAAACACAUGAUGUACAAAAUGAUUACUUAACCUUCAGCUUGUUGCUUUGUGGCAUUAAGGGGAUUUGGGAUUAUUAUUUUUUAAUUUAGAUAAUUUUCCAGGUGUAGCUGUUGCUUAUACAAUGACCCCCCUCCCCCGUCAUAUCAUGUGGGCCUAAUGGGGAUGUGUUGUGAUGAUUUUCAAAUUACAUACACAACAAUAAUGCAGUAAUAGUAUUUUUAUAUUUUUAAUAUAACAUACAACUCACAGGUGGGGAACAGCUGGAAAUUUUCCCCCUCAGUCUGGCAGCGAGAUCUAGGGGUACGGUAGACAAGCCCAGGCUGAAGGACGUGUAACAAGUGUAAUGAUAAGUAGAAAAUUGCAUAGUGUGAUAAUGGUUGUGUAUUGCUCAAGUUUUUCAAUAAUUUUCAGGUUAUCAAACUUUUCCUUUCCGUUUUUCCUGACGUGAACGCAUCAUUAAUUAAAAUAGACAAUGGGACCACACUGAGAAUGACUGACAACUGAUGUUUAUGGCAGUGUGUUUAAAUGCUAACUGACUUCCUGUGAGUGGUAGUGCUGUAGCUGUAAUUUUGGCACCCAUUCGGGAGGGGGGGGGACUACAUUUUUACUUGUGUACAAAGAAAUGUAUAUUCCCUUUAUGUGUUUGCCCUUAGGACAAUUAUUUCUUUUACCUGUAUUGUAUAUAUGUGU